AUGGAUAAUUAUGGAUCCUAUACAACGAUCAAUUUCAUCGAAUUUUGCAACCAGCAUUUCAUUGUCCUACGGGUUAAUAGGCUUGAUGUUGAGCUUAUUUAUGAAAUUAAGCAAAAUGAAAACCAAAUUCAGAGGGUAAAACGGCAUACCCAGCGAAGUAUAGAUGCAAAUUCACUUUCAUCCUGA